CCUCCUUUCUUUUGUCAAGAUAUCAACAUUCGCCUCUCACUUCAAAUUGCAAUACAGUGAUAUAUCGGCUACAGACUCGAUUCUCAUCCAAAGUCAUCUUCAGAUAUCCAAACGUCGUUCCCAAAUGGCUGCCGUUACUACCGCCGGCUUUCAGCCAAUGACUGGUUCUAAGGACCUGGUUGUUGAGCUCAUCUGGCAGCAUGCUGUGAACCAUUUGAAGAAAACCAAAAAUGAAAUCUUUCUUCCCGUGGAUAUUAUCUCACUCAUCGGAGGAGAUAACGUCGAGAAGAUCAAGAAUCGCCUGAGCACCAUGCUUAAUAUGCCAGUCGUUGCGUUCGAGGACCAUGCGAACAAUGUGUACCGCAUCAUGCCUACUCCUGCUUUAGACGGCGCAAUUGAAUCUACUGUGGCUCAAAUUUUGCCAAUGAUGGCGACUGGUUCCCAUAGUCCUCAGAACUUGGGGGAAAAGCUGAACAAGCAAAAUGUUUCGGCCAAGGCCGCGAAAGUUCCUCGCCCUCCCAAUGCCUUUAUUUUAUACCGCCAGCAUCACCACCCGCUCAUCAAGGCAGCCCAUCCUGAAUAUCAUAAUAAUGAUAUUUCGAUUCUUCUUGGGAAGAAAUGGAAGCUAGAGAAUGCCGAAACUAAAGCUCACUUUAAAGCUCUUGCCGACAAAAUCAAGCGCAAGCACGCUGAAGAUCAUCCUGACUACCAGUAUGCUCCCCGUAAACCGUCCGAGAAAAAACGUCGUUCCGUUUCUCGACGCGACGGGUUUUCUUCCAAGAACAUCCAGCUCGAUACAUUCUCUCCCCAGAUUAAUACAUUCGGUAAUUCAGUCCAAGGAACUCAGAUGGAGGUUGAUUUUUGUACCAAUGUUGUUGAUACAAGUCAGUCUCUCGACAACAACGAUGACCAGCCCGCUACUCCAGUCGUCACUGUGCAAUAUAACCCCGGUCCAGAGAUGAUCCAAGAUACCUCAGACUUCAUCAUGGGUCUUAACAAUGGAGGCUUCCUUACUCUUCAACGUCGCUUGAUUCCAUCCACUUCGGCAUCGGCUACUGUGCCCGCGAGCAAUUCCGCAACCUCCAACAAUUCGAACGAAUAUGAAUUCGAUAUGGAUGACUACUUCAUUCCGACGGAAUAAAUGGAGAUCUACUUGAACAAGGCCAUGACCAACGGUUGAUUGUUUCGCCACAGUGACCUAUUCCGAUUCAACGCGCAGCUGGAUCGAAGGCUAAUGAAAUUCCUGUACGGAAAAACGUCUUUGUGUUUGUUGUGGACAUCGAGAAGCAGAACUCUGGUCUUAAGGUAGCUUAUAGCAUCCCUUGGUUUUGAUAUUGAAGCACAUGACGGCAGAUUGCAGCUGUUGAACAUUGGUCAACGCUACCUCGAAAUACACAUGGUGGUGAGUUAAAAUUAAUAGAAAUAGCGGAAUAGAUGGAUAUGACAUGGGCUUGAUGAAUCUUGAUUUCGUUGCCCACUUGUACUGUACAAUAGGUAGUUCAUAGGAAA